AUGGAGCCAGAUGUCCUUAUCGAGGAGCAGCUGACGGACGUCCAGCGGCUGAUGGUCCGGCGAAAGCCUGAGACGGUGCCGUCUGACGGCAACUUUGACACGAACGACGCACAGGCGCUGUUAAGUCACAACGUCACACCAGUUAUCACUAGAGUGUUCGUCCAGCAGAGAGACCGUGCGACGCACUCCACCUGUCACUCGCGGCCGACACCUCCGCACGAGACAACACGCGCGCACACGCGACCGGCGACGCCCCCCACCGGCGUGGGAGAAACCGACACGUGGGCGCCCGACACGCCCGGCUCGCGACACCCGACGCUCGACGUCCGCGGCUCCGCGAACGCCACACGACAGACGCUAGACGCUCCGCCCGGCCGCGUCCGCGUCGUACCGCGACCCGACCAGCACUGGCCGGCGCGGCGCCUCUCCCUCACACUCACACACCCACACUCACACAGCGACUCGACGCCGACGCCUGCGCGCCUGCUGACCGGCACAGUGCUGACCGGCACAGUGCUGACCGGCACAGUGCUGACCGGCACAGUGCUGACCGGCACAGUGCUGACCGGCACAGUGCUGACCGGCACAGUGCUGACCGGCACAGUGCUGACCGGCACAGUGCUGACCGGCACAGUGCUGACCGGCACAGUGCUGACCGGCACAGUGCUGACCGGCACAGUGCUGACCGGCACAGUGCUGACCGGCACAGUGCUGACCGGCACAGUGCUGACCGGCACAGUGCUGACCGGCACAGUGCUGACCGGCACAGUGCUGACCGGCACAGUGCUGACCGGCACAGUGCUGACCGGCACAGUGCUGACCGGCACAGUGCUGACCGGCACAGUGCUGACCGGCACAGUGCUGACCGGCACAGUGCUGACCGGCACAGUGCUGACCGGCACAGUGCUGACCGGCACAGUGCUGACCGGCACAGUGCUGACCGGCACAGUGCUGACCGGCACAGUGCUGACCGGCACAGUGCUGACCGGCACAGUGCUGACCGGCACAGUGCUGACCGGCACAGUGCUGACCGGCACAGUGCUGACCGGCACAGUGCUGACCGGCACAGUGCUGACCGGCACAGUGCUGACCGGCACAGUGCUGACCGGCACAGUGCUGACCGGCACAGUGCUGACCGGCACAGUGCUGACCGGCACAGUGCUGACCGGCACAGUGCUGACCGGCACAGUGCUGACCGGCACAGUGCUGACCGGCACAGUGCUGACCGGCACAGUGCUGACCGGCACAGUGCUGACCGGCACAGUGCUGACCGGCACAGUGCUGACCGGCACAGUGCUGACCGGCACAGUGCUGACCGGCACAGUGCUGACCGGCACAGUGCUGACCGGCACAGUGCUGACCGGCACAGUGCUGACCGGCACAGUGCUGACCGGCACAGUGCUGACCGGCACAGUGCUGACCGGCACAGUGCUGACCGGCACAGUGCUGACCGGCACAGUGCUGACCGGCACAGUGCUGACCGGCACAGUGCUGACCGGCACAGUGCUGACCGGCACAGUGCUGACCGGCACAGUGCUGACCGGCACAGUGCUGACCGGCACAGUGCUGACCGGCACAGUGCUGACCGGCACAGUGCUGACCGGCACAGUGCUGACCGGCACAGUGCUGACCGGCACAGUGCUGACCGGCACAGUGCUGACCGGCACAGUGCUGACCGGCACAGUGCUGACCGGCACAGUGCUGACCGGCACAGUGCUGACCGGCACAGUGCUGACCGGCACAGUGCUGACCGGCACAGUGCUGACCGGCACAGUGCUGACCGGCACAGUGCUGACCGGCACAGUGCUGACCGGCACAGUGCUGACCGGCACAGUGCUGACCGGCACAGUGCUGACCGGCACAGUGCUGACCGGCACAGUGCUGACCGGCACAGUGCUGACCGGCACAGUGCUGACCGGCACAGUGCUGACCGGCACAGUGCUGACCGGCACAGUGCUGACCGGCACAGUGCCAGACGAGACAGUACUGACCGAGACAGUACUGACCGAGACAGUACUGACCGAGACAGUACUGACCGAGACAGUACUGACCGAGACAGUACUGACCGAGACAGUACUGACCGAGACAGUACUGACCGAGACAGUACUGACCGAGACAGUACUGACCGAGACAGUACUGACCGAGACAGUACUGACCGAGACAGUACUGACCGAGACAGUACUGACCGAGACAGUACUGACCGAGACAGUACUGACCGAGACAGUACUGACCGAGACAGUACUGACCGAGACAGUACUGACCGAGACAGUACUGACCGAGACAGUACUGACCGAGACAGUACUGACCGAGACAGUACUGACCGAGACAGUACUGACCGAGACAGUACUGACCGAGACAGUACUGACCGAGACAGUACUGACCGAGACAGUACUGACCGAGACAGUACUGACCGAGACAGUACUGACCGAGACAGUACUGACCGAGACAGUACUGACCGAGACAGUACUGACCGAGACAGUACUGACCGAGACAGUACUGACCGAGACAGUACUGACCGAGACAGUACUGACCGAGACAGUACUGACCGAGACAGUACUGACCGAGACAGUACUGACCGAGACAGUACUGACCGAGACAGUACUGACCGAGACAGUACUGACCGAGACAGUACUGACCGAGACAGUACUGACCGAGACAGUACUGACCGAGACAGUACUGACCGAGACAGUACUGACCGAGACAGUACUGACCGAGACAGUAGCGACCCAUGGAGAGAAACAGGAGAGAGCUUGCAGCCUUUUACGAGCAACACGCAUCGUCAGCGGCGGCACAGAGCCGACGCUCGGCUUUGGCGGCGCGCUAAUGCGCCGGCUAUUACCGAAUGAGUCCAGGGAGCUCAGCGGCUGCGGCUACAGCUGCAGUGCCCGCCUGCUGUGA